AUGUUAGAUGAUGAACGAUUUCUAAAUAAUAAACAUCAUUUAUUUGAUUCUCAAUCAUUACAAACAAUUCAAAGAAAAAUUAGUAAACAAAAAACUGCUGCAGAACGUCGUAUUGAACAAUCAAACGGUAAUCAAAUGUUUGAAUCAUUUCGUCCUAAUCAUACAUAUUCUUCAUCAUCUACUAUACAAAAUCAUUAUUAUUCUCCUCAACAACAACAACAUUCUUCUUUUCUUUCACCAUCACAAUCAUAUUCAUCUGAACAUGAUAAUAUUCUUAGACAUUCAACUAAUUCACGAAUGUUACAUAAUGAUCAUGAUGUUAUUCUAACAAAUGAUUUUGAAUAUCAACAAUUUCAUCAACCAAAUACACGUAAAAUUACUAAAAUUAUACCAAAAGAAAAUAAUUCAUUAACAAAUAAUCGAUCUAUACAACCACGUAGUUUAAGUGCUUCAACUAUAAAACGUGAAAAUAAAGAUUCAUCAUUAACUUCAAAUGAUAUACAACGAUUAAAAAAUGUUCGUCGUCAUGAACCUGCUCAUGUUCAAUCAGAUUCUAAAACAGGUUUAAUUGGACCUGAUUCAUGGAAAACCGAUCCAGUUAUUAUAAAAAGACCACCAGCAAAAAAAUUGACUACUGAAAAUAUUAGUAAACCAAUAAAAACUGAUGGUAUAUCACAACCAAUUGUUGAACAGUCAACUAUUGAACAUAAACAACAAACAGAAAAAAAACCUAAACCAAAACGUGAUACAAGUGGUUCGAAAUCAACUAUAAUGGAUAGAAUAUCGGCUAAAUCAGCACAACCAGAAAAAGUUGAAAAAACAAAAGAAGAAAUAGAACAAGAGAAAGAAAAAAUUAGAAAAUAUAUUCAAGAAAAACGAGAACAACAUGAAAAAAAAUUAUCUAAUGAAAAAAAAAAGAAAAUUAUACAAGAAAAUGAACGAAAAAUUAAUUUAAGAAAAUUAUAUGAAGAAACUAAAAAAGUUUCUCAACAACCAUUACCUCCAUCAUUAAUUAAAAAAUCAACUACAACAAUAUUAACCAAUGAUGUAACUGAACAAAGACGUGAACGACUUCUUAAUUUACUCGGUCCAAAACCUAUUCCACCAACAGAAUAUCAUAAUAAUACACCAUUUGAACGAUCUUCAUUACGUGAACGUUCAUCAUCAUCAUCAUCAUCAUCAUCAUCAUCGAGUUCAUCAUCAAGUUCUGAAUCAGUUAUCGAAAUUCAACCACCAAAAUUAAAUGAUAAACCAAUAAUACAUUCACAUAUAGAAUCAUCUAUUCAAAAUAAUGUUAAACAACGACAUCAAAAUAUACUUCGAUGGGCUAAUAAUUUAACACGAGAUUGUGAUACAAUUGAAAAUAAAUUAAAAUAUAUUCGACCAGACGGUACUCAACAAUUUGAUAUUAUUCCUUCUUCUCAAAAACAAUUUAAAUAUGAUGAUGGUAAUUUACGUCUUCAAACUCCUAUUCUAAUUACAAAUAAUAAUAAUAAUAAUACUAAUCCAGAAUCAAUUAUUUCAUCAAAAAUCUUACGUCCAUCAGGACGUUUAAGUCAUAUAAAUCAAAAUCAUACAAGUGAAUAUCAAGGUCAACAAUUACCAGGUGUUGGUAAUCUUCGUGAUCCAUUAUUAGAACGACGUAUAAAACAUGAUCGUGCUGCAACGAAAAUUCAAGCCGCUUAUCGUGGCUAUACAGUAAGAAAAUCAUUUCAUUGGUUUAAUGAACAACAACAAUUACAUAGUGAAUUUAAUAAACGACCCAUUCAUAAAUCUACAAAAAACUCUUCCUAUACAACCGAUAUGUAUGAUACUUCUGGUAUAAAUUUAGAUAUUCGUUUUAAUGAUGAUAAUUUUACAAUUGGUUCAACACUUUUACGUCAUUUUCAACGAAAUGGAACUAAUACUACAACAUCAUUAAAACAUCCAUCUAUAUCUAAUAAAUCUGAAUACGAACAAAAACAAAUAGAAAGACCAACAUCAGUACAAAGUUAUUCCGAUGAUUAUGAAAAUUCAUCAAGUACAACAUCAUCUAUGUCAAUUCAACAGCAACAAACACCACAGAAACCUCGAGUUAUUCAACAACCAGUACUAAAUAGGGAAAGUACCAGUUCUUCGACAUCAUCAUCUUCGGUCACUCCAACACCUGAACCUGUUGUACUUCCUAAUGUUCAACGUCGUCGUUCAAUAUCUCCUCCUAUACCACCAGCAAUGUCUCCUGAUAAUGGUCGACCUGUUCAUCAUUAUCAUCCUCCUCCUCCUCCAACAACAACAACAACAACUUCUCAUCGAAUAUUGGAUGAACGUCGUUAUUCACCUGAUGCACUUGAAAGACAAUUAAAUGCUGAAUUACAUUUACUUGAUGGUGUUGAAGCAUCAAUGAAACAAAUUGAAAAUAUGGAACGAUUAAGAUCAGUUGCACUUGCACAACAAGAAGUUGUUUCACUUGCACAAGUGUUAAAAAAUAGACCUUCAGGUGAUAACACAACUCAACAACAAAUACGAAAAUCUACGAUUCGAGAAAUUGCAUCUGUUUCCUCUAAUGCCUCUUCCUCUUCUUCAUCAUCAUCAUCCAGUCGACAACGUCGUUCACCUUCACUUCAACAACCAUCAUCAAAAAAUAAACAUUCACAUCAUCGAAUUACUCAAUCAUCUAGUUCAUCAUCAUCAAUAACAUCGGAACCGAUAUUUACUAAACGUGAAAAACAUGUACAUCAAAAAUAUCAUAAUGAAACUGAAUUACAAGCAUAUGAAAAACGUUUAACAGAUAUUGAAAAACAAAUUCGUAAACUUGUUAAAAAUGCUCCUGAAGUACUCGAUGAAAAACGUAAUAUUUCAACUUUACGUGUACCAUCAAAAUCAAGUAAUGAAUCAAGUAUUAGUGAAGAUUUACCUAUGUCACAUAAAUCAUCAGGUUCAACAAAUAAUACAGUUCACCGAAAAAAACCGAAUGGUACUAGUAAACUUCAUACAGAAACAAUUGAGAAAGAUAGUGAUUCAUCAUCAGCAUCAACUCAUCAACAACAUUCUGAUACGAUUACAACAGAUGCAAGUGAUAUUGAACGUCGUAUACGUACUUAUCGUGAAGAAUUAAAACGAAAACAAAUGGAACUUGAUAAAUUAAAACAAGAAAAAACAAAAGAAGAUUUAAGAAAACAAGAAGAUGAAUUAAAAAAACAACUUCAAACAACUACUCAUGAAAUUGAAACAUUACGUCUUCAACCAACAUCGUCAAAAAGACAACCGGAACCUAAAGUACCUGUUCCAUCACAUCAAUCACCUUUGAAAUCUAGAAGUAAUAGUACCAGUAGUAAUAGCAACAGUACUAGUACUUCAGCAGCAACAAAACCACCAGAAUCAAGUAUAGCUGAAGACUUACCAGUAACAACUGCUUCACAAUCGAAAACAGAUAUUGUUGAAAAACAAAUUGAAUCAAGUCGUCCAACAGUAAAAAAACCAUGGGACUUUUUUGAUGAUGAUGAUGAAGAAGAAGAACAACAACAACAACAAGAUAAAAGAAAAGAAAAGGAACCAGAAUUAAAACCUUUAGAAACAUCACGUGAUGAACCUGAUACACAACAUGAUGCUCAAUCAAUGUCAAUUGCUACUGAUUUAGGUGUUUCAUCAGAAACUGAUAAUGAUAGUAGUCGUCGACCGAGUACCGAUAAUGGAAAGCCAAUAUUAAAUUUAAAUACAAAUCUUACUUCAUUAUCAAAACCACAAAAAGACUCUGAGUCAUCAUCAUCAUCAUCAUCAUCUUCGACAACAACAACAGCAACAAAUGAAAAAUCUUCUAAACAACAAAUACAAUUACAAUCAUCUGAACGAAAACCAUCACCAAUUAUAAAUGAUUAUGAUGAAGAUUUUUCUGAUACUAGUCAUUCACGUACUACACCAUCGAAAGAAAUUGUAUCCAAACCAAAAAUUGAUAAUAUUGAUAUUGAAUCAAUUAAAGAAGAUCUUAAUAAUAAACAAUCAUUACAUGAUACAAGUCAAAGUUUAUCAUCAAAAUCAAGUGGUGAUGAACAAUCUGAAAUUCUUGUUCUUGUUAAAAAAUCAGCUAAUAAUACACCUCGAAAACAAGAUGAUAAAACUCUGAAUGAAGAAGAACGUUUACGUUCUCCAUCUCCGCUUCCGUUUCCUCUUCCUUCUUCUGUACCAGUACAACAACAACAAGAACAACCUACAAUUGAAUCUUAUAAUAAUGAUGAUACAUCACAUGAUAUUAGUGAUGAUGAUGAACCUAAUGAACGUAUUGAACAAGAACAUAAAAUCGAUAAAUUAACUGAAUCAUUGAUUCGAACAUUUAUUGAUGAAGCUAUUGGUCAAGGAAAACAAAUUGAACGUUUAAAAAAAGAAACAAACCAAUUAACACAAGAAGCUAAAGAAUGGAUGUCAGAUGAUGAUGAUGAUGAUGAAACUGAUGAAGACACUGUGAAACCAAUAAUUGAUGAAUCAAAUGGUUUUUCACUUGAUCUUAGUCGAUUGGAUGAAAAAAAUACUGAUGAACCACGUAUUGAAAGUCCUCGAAAAAUAUUUAUUGAAGAACAAGUAAAAUUAUUUGUACCUCAUAGUCGUGAACAAGUUAUUCAAUUAUGUCAUGAAUCAUUAAGAAUUUUAUUUGAUCAAAAUACAGAUUUUUCAAAUCGAUCAACUAUUAAAUGUCAAAUACCGAAUUCAUAUUUUAUAUAUGAUUUACAAGAUUCAGAUAAUGAAAAUAUUCAACGUAAUCAUCAUGCUUAUUGUCAAAUGAUAUUUGAUUUAUGUAUUGAAUUAUUACAUGAAAUGUAUACAGAAAAUAUUCAAUUAACAACAUAUCCAGAAUGGCAAAAACUUAAACUUAUACAAAAACGUUUUUAUCGUGGAAAUAAACCAGAAAAUCAUCAUUUUAUUGAACAAUUUAUUCAAAGAAAAAUUUUAGAAAUAUUAAAUUUAGAUAAACGUCAAAUAACAUAUUCAAAAUGGCGUAUAUCAAAUGGUACACGUAAUAUUAAAGAAAAUUUUGAAACAGUACUUGAUGAAGAAAUACGUCGUACAGAAUCUCAAUGGAUUAAUUAUGAUGAUGAUUGUAUACAAUUAAAAUUUGAUAUAGCUGAUUCAAUAUUGGAUCAAUUAAUACAAGAAACAUUAACAGAAUGUUUUGAUGUUGUUCAUAGACGUUUCUUUUUUAGCAGUAAUAGUACACGUCUUUAA